ACGCGCAUCCGAAGAGGCUUGCGUACAAGAUCAGCACCAGCAUCCCGACCACCAUCCCGAAUGCAGCACAAGGAAGGGCCCCUCAAGGAGAGAGAUCAGAGAGAUCCCCUUCUCCUCUACCGGCUUAGCUCGCAGACUCCCCCCCCUUUUGCAAUGGUGAGCGCCUCUAUACCGCCUUGCCUCUGUUCAUCUGUCCCUGCAUGAUGUUGUCCUUUGUGUCAGGUUCGCGCGGGCAAGGUUGGCAAGGGUUUCGGUGCAGAUGAUGAGGAGACGCCGCGCGAUGGCGAUGACGAGGGGCCGCCAUCGCAGGAGGAGGCCGCCAAGCGCAUCCAGGCGAGGGCUCGGGGCAUGCUCGCACGGCGGCUGAUGCACGAAGGCCUGCCAAAGGAACACGUCAAGGCAAGUCAUGGGGGAGAGAAGGGCACGACUGUCACGGUGAUCCCGGGUGGUUGGUUGUUUGUGCAGUUGCUGGAGCAGAUCUCAGCUGAGGAGGCGAGACGGCAAUUUGAUGCUUCAGCUGAAGCACAGGCAGGUCAGCAGCGAGAAAACGGGCCUGCCUGUGGGGGGAAAUAGCGUCAUCGAGCGGUGCGUAUGUUGGUGCAGUUGGUCAGUCUCCGCUUGGGGGAGCCCGUGAGGAACUGAUGAAGAGCUCCAUCAGCUUCACUGAGGUCCUCGGGGCCUCCAAAUACCUCCAUGAGCAGAACCUUGCGGACCUCUUCAGAGUGAGCCGUGAGGAAAGCUACACGUCUAUGUCUCUGCGAGUGAAGGGCGUUCGUUGCCUGUCCGGCGUCCGCUGCCUGUCUGUCUGUCUGUCUGUGCUCCCUCCCCCAGGGUCUCUUGUCGAGGGUGCUCCUCCACAGGCCGACGGAUGUGCGCUCAUUCCUGCUCAAGGCACGGACAGAUACAUAUACAAGUACAUGUAUCUCUUAAGUGAUACACACACUACAAAUGCAGGAACUGGAGGCGAUGCGCGGCGAGAGUGACGCAGCCUUCAAGGCCCAGCCGCCCCACGCGAGCGUCUCGUCGGCCAUCUUGACCCGGCAGGACGCGUCGGCGCUGUUCGGCAUGCUGGGUCGGUGAGAUGUGUGACUGUCGUCUGGCGGCAUGUCGCAUCGAUUUGUAUGUUGCCUUGGUAUGUUUAGAUCCAUUGCGCAGCGGGUUUGCUGAGAGGUCUUUGGUGCUGCAGCUGCUGUGUCGCCUGGAGCCAGCGACGGAGGGCGAGUGGGCUGCACAGGUGAGAGGAGGGAAUUCGAAACUGGUGCACACACAUUGCACGAUCGGUGCGACCCUAUGUCUCUGUCUCUGUCUGUCAUGUAUGUGGGCAGUGUUUGUCUGACGCCGUUGAGCGGCAGGGGGCGAGGGGCACCAAGGGCAAGGUCAGCAAUCAUGGCAACACACAUCGAGACAGACACACGGGAUGUGCGCUUUAGUUGGUGUUUGCUGAAUGCUGCACUGCACGCUGCAGAUAACGGAGGACAUGUUCGAGCGUGCGCUUGAGAUUAUGGGUUUCAUCGCAGAGCAAUGACAAUCGACCGACCGGGAGGAUGGAUGGAUGGAUGGAUGCUGCUGUGCUGUGCUGUGUGUGAGACGUUCAUUCUUCAGUCGUCAUUUUGUGAUGGACGAGUGGUCGAUUUGGAUUUCAAGAAAGCGUGUGAUGUCUUUCUGUGUGCGUGCAGGUGAGACGGUGUGUGUGCUCAUGCACAUCAAUAUCUUAUAUUGAG